AUGCACCGCCAAUCGGGCAGCGUGUUGUUGGUCAUCACGGUGACGUUGUUGAUAUCAUCGCAGUCGAGGGCACAGUUUAAUUGCGGUGCAUUCGGUGGCGGUUGUACAUCACCUGUGAUACAGCCGCCGUGCGGUGGUGCCGGGGGUGGGGGUGGUGGAUUCAAUCCAGGUAUGAUUCAACCGAAUAUGGCGUUGAAUAGACGAAUCGCGAAUUCGCUCUCGCAAUCCGGCUGUUCUUCGGGUGGAAUUCAACCGUACUGGAUGGGUGGUGCGGCAUCACAACAACAACGACAACAAGGAGCACGCACCUUUAUCAUAUCACCGAAUCAAAUGCCGUUUAUCGGUGGAGGAGGAAUGGGUGGUGGUAUCGGAGGUGGUUUCGGUUUAGGUGGUGGUGGUGGUGGUGGAAUGGGAGGCGGAAUGGGAGUUGGCGGACAAUCGGCGUUUGGUAAUAUGAUUUGCCAAAUGAUACCAAGCACAUCGUUUUGCAACCAAGGUUAG